AUGUCCGCAUCCUCCUCACAGACCCAUCUGCCACUCACGACGCAAGUCGGUGGCCAUCCAGGUGUCCUCACCACCGAGGACGGCGUACUUUUGAUCAAGCGCGCGCUCCCCAGAGAGGUCGCAUUCUACCAGUCUGUGUCCUCGGACCCAGCCCUUGCCCAGCUAUACAAUUUCAUUCCCGAGUUUUAUGGCACGCUCAAACUCGAAGGGAGACUCGAACAUGGGGCUUCGAUCACGGACCCGAAUGCAAUAAAGCCAAAUCUGUCGUACACUUUCUCUAAGCCCAAUGUACUUGACGUCAAGCUCGGCACCGUUUUAUACGACGAAGACGCCUCGCCAGAGAAGCGCGCACGUAUGGAGCAGGUUGCGCGCGAGACUACUACUGCAGAGACGGGCGUGCGGCUCACAGGGUUCCAGGUCUACGACUUAACGUCGGACAAGCCGGUCGUGACCCCGAAGUCGUAUGGAAAGUCAAUCAAAGCUGCCGACCUCCCCGAAGGUAUUACCCGCUUCUUUCCAUUAGCAGAGAGCCCUGCACAAGGAGGAUCGUCGGUGUCCAGUUCUUCCGAGGGCGAAACUACUGUGCCCCGGACUGGCACGGGUCUUCCAAUGAAUAUCCUCGAACCGCUGCUGUCCGGUAUCCGCGAGGAGGUUGGGGACCUCACCGACGCCUUUUCUGGAGUGGACAUGCGCAUGGUGGGUGGGAGCUUACUCAUUGUGUAUGAAGCCGACUGGGAACGAGCCCGCGAGGGUCUUCGGCUCCUCCAGGAGCAGGCAGAAGAAGGCUAUCAGUCGGACAACGAAGACGAGGAGGGAGAAGAGGACGAGGAGGACGAAGAGGACGAAGACUCGGGCGAACUUGAAGGGGCCCAUGUGACGAAGCCCGUAGGGCCGCCGUUUGUGGUAAGGCUCAUUGAUUUCGCACACACUAGAAUGGUGCCUGGUCAAGGACCAGACGAAGGUGUUCUGCAGGGCUUGAGGACGGUCCUGCGGCUGUUGGAUGGUAGAUUAGACCAGCUCCGCAGAGCAGCGUAA